AUGGCCAACACACCCAAAUCUGGAGAAUCAAGCAAUAUUGAUAUGUCAAAACUGAUCUCUGAAAUGUCAAAACUCACUUCACCCUCACUCUCAACCUCUUCUUUGCCCACCUCAUUCAACAUCUCAUCCCUGUUUCCAGUUCCUAUGGAUCGCACCAACUACUUGAGUUGGAAAUCCCAAUUUGAAGAUGUAUUAGAGAUGCACGGCCUUGUUGCGAUUGUCAAGAACAAAACAGACCCACCCAAAGUGCAAGAUGAUGGCUCUGUGCACCCUGAGUUAGCUAGGGAUAAACUGGUCCUGAGUUGGAUCAAGGCAACUUCCUCCUCCUCCAUUAAGACACUUCUCAUCCCAUGUACCACUGCUCAUCAAGCCUGGACCAUGUUGGCCAAGCGUCUCUCACCUCUUGCUAGUACCCGUGUACGAAUUCUUCGAGACCAAAUUCGCACACUCAGAAAGGACAACAACACCACUGUAACUGAUUAUCUCAAUCAUGCCAAAUCACUCUUUGAUUCCCUCACACAAGCUGGUGCAACAAUGGAUGAUGAUGAACUCAUCAGUUAUGUCCUGGAUGGACUUGGCCUUGAAUAUAAAGAGUUAGCCACAACCCUUCAUCUGCAUCCUGAUAUUGAUUUCGAUCGAUUCUACGAUCUAGCUCUAAGAGAAGAGCAUCUACAGAAACGAAU